AUGACCUCAUUGGAAUACAAUAGUGUAAGAAGGAGGAAAGUGUGGACAUAUAACUCUACACAGGACACCCUAGAUCUCUAUCUAUACUUUUACAUAGCCUGUGGCGUCGGAUUGGGUCUACAUCUGCUGACGUUCUGCUUACUUUGCAUUUUUUAUUGCAAAAUCAAACGUCUCGCUAAAGCGGAUGGCAUACCCGGAGUUUCAUUUUGGCGGAAUUAUCUACACCUUUACUUGAUCUACGACGCGUCCAUUCAAGAGGACGAGAAAGGUACGAAGAGAAAGAGAAAGAGAAAGAUAGAGAGAGAGUAUGUGUCCAACCAGUUGGGCAGACAGACGAAUAUGAUGGCGGAUUUCUGUUACACGAAUCCGACGAUCGUGCCGGGUGAGGAAUUAUCUCGUCGUGGAUUCUCAAUGUAUUGUGGGAGCGACAGUUUCAACGAGGAUACUAAUUCAAAACACAAGGAUAUCAAUUAUGGAACGUAUCAUGAGGCUUUGUCGAAGUUUUGACAUUAAUCUAGUUUAAAAAUUCUCGAGAAUAGUACUUAACGAGCGAGAAAAUAACUCAUUAUUAAUUUAUAUUCUCUACAUACACGCACGUACGCGUGCGCGCGUACACACACACAUACACACGAACACACGUAUAUAUAUAUAUAUAUAUAUAUAUAUACACGCCUCAUAGAAUCAUUUAGUAAAAUAUAUUUUAAGACUAAUUUGUAUUUUCUUUUGCAAUAUUUUCGUUUCUUUUUCUUUUUUUUUCUUUUUGUUCCUCCCUGCAACUUUAUCGACUUUUCAAACAUUUCCCGCCAUGUUAUUUAUUAUCGGCAUUGUUGAGAUUCGCAACAUUGUUCUCAGAUGUCGCUGUAUGUAUCCAUCGUUCGACGAUAUUCGAUAAAAAUUAAAUUGACUGUAAAGCCUUGUAACCGACAAGAAAUUAUAAGAAAAACAUUCUUAUAUUCCAAAGAUCGUUUAUAGAAUAAAUUAGAAAUUAAGGAUUGUAAUCUUUUUAAUAACCAUACGAAUUUACUAGUCUCUUUAUUAGAUAAAUCUACUAUUAAUAAUAAAUUUAAUUAUGUUGUUUCGUUCCAAAAAUAUUCACGUUAUUCGCCAAAUAUUAUUUAUCGUAAAUGCCAUUAUAGUUUUCAUUUUUAUAUGUAUAUAUAUAUCUUUUUUUUGAUUAUAAGAUAAUUAAGAAAAAGAAAAAUACAAAAAAAGGAAAGAAAGAAAGAAUGAAAAUGUUACGGACACAAGUCAAUAAAUUAAUAAGACUUAAAUAUUGACUUUUUAUAAAUCCCUUUAACUUCUUGCAUCUCAUAAUUAUAACCCUAACAUAAACUGUCGAAUGAUGCUAUUGAAAAUAAAAAAUUCUCUAUUAUUGAUAAAUCAAUUACAAUUUUUCAUUUUAUAACCUAUUUUGAUGAACAACGAUAUUAUCUAAAAAAAAAAAAAAAAAAAAAAAAAAAGCAAAAGAAAAACAAAAAUUCAUUA